AUGAAUGAAGUGAGAGUGUCAGAAUCAGAAAGCAUUGGCUUGGACCUGCAGAGUGGAUUUCGAGAAUUGAUCAAACAGUUCGCAGAGAUGCGUGAGUUCUUGGAAGUGGAGCUGGCUGUCCACCGUGACCUUUUGGAAAGAGCAGGCAGUGGAUUUCAGCCAGAACAUUCAGCUCCUGUCUCACCAGGUGCAUUUGCAUGUCGAACACGCAAGAGCCAAGAGAACCCAGGAUCUCCAGGACUGACCUCCUCGAAGAGCAAAGUUUUGGUCGUUGACAGAUCAUCGACUGCUACGCUUGGAUCUAUUGCCGAGGACAAGGAUGAGCGGAGCGAAGAGUUUUUUCCAGGCGUUUCCCCUCGUAUCCUCAAUCAGAAAUUGAAGUUCAAAGAACAUGGCUCUCGACACUCGCUGGUGGGGCAGUCAAUGGAACCUUACAGAGCCAGAACCCAAAAGCAGGCGGCAAAGCUGCGUGUCAGCAAGCAUCAGGUGAAGAUCAAUAUGGAACAGAGGAGCACAGACUGUCGUUCCCUGGUAGCGACCAUCGUUGGUUCCCCAGUCUUCACAUUAGCGAUUACCAUGCUGAUUCUGAUCAAUGUUAUCCUGCUGGGAAUUGAAGUGGAUGUCUCCGCAAACAUGGACCUCACAGAGGUUCCUGGAUGGUUUAGUACAGUUAACGGAAUUAUUGUGGGAUUCUUUGUCUUGGAGAUGGUCCUCAAGUUCAUUGCGCUGGGCUUUCGCGAAUUCUGGUGUGGCCCAGAAGCUGCUUGGAAUGCUUUCGAUUUUGCCAUUGUUCUAGCAUCAGUGGUUGACUUGAUCAUGGAAUUCCUGGCAUAUUUUGGCUCAUCCACCAUUGACACGGGCAAUCUGCGGCUGGUCAGAUCCAUACGCUUGGCCCGCGCAGUUCGGGGGAUCCGCGUGGUCCGACUCUUCCGCUAUAUCCCGGCGCUGCGCACGUUGGCCGUGUCGAUCAUCAGCACCAUGGGCUCCUUGUUCUGGACGCUGAUGCUGUUGGUUCUGGUGUUCUACUUCUUUGCGGUGGUGAUUACCCAGCUGGUCACGGAUCAUUGUCGGGACUUGGCCAUCCUCGAUAGCAGCAGAACAUGUCCGGAGCUGCUGAAGAAGUAUUGGACCUCUGUUGGGGAGAGUAUGCUGACUCUCUUCAUGGCCAUUACCAACGGCGUCACCUGGGACGAUGCCAUACGCCCGCUGAGGGACGUUUCAUUUGUAGCAGUGGCUUUAGUAAUUAUGUAUGUGACCUUCGCGGUAUUUGCCAUACUCAACGUUGUAACUGGUGUGUUCUGCAACAAUGCAAUUGAGUCAGCAAGUGCUGACAAAGAGAUCGCCACCAUCAAACAAGUUCGCGUCAAGGACCAGCAGGUGGAAUCGUUGCAGCAAAUCUUCCAAGAAAUUGACAACUUCAACCAAACUCAGGUGACUUUCGAGGUCUCACCUGUUGCUCAAGCCGCACGCCUUUGCGAGAAGCGCUCUGUGCAAUGCAUGGCAGCUUCGGAGGCAUUUUCCAUUCUGAGGCAAAAUUCGCCACAGCAUCCUCCAUAUGGCCUUUACCCCGAGCUGAUCUCUGGUUCCGCCUUCACGGUGCCGCGAGCGAAGAAUCGCUACACCUGGGCAUAUCGGAUUCGGCCCUCGGUCCAGCACGCACCUUAUGCGGCCUCUGGAUACGAACCUUGGGCGCAUGCGACCUGGGUGAGCCCACCCUUUCAUCAUCCGUGCCCUCCCGUGCAGAUGCGAUUCCGCCCCGCCCCUUUGCCUUCACAAGGCACAGACUUUGUGGAUGGUGCUGUCACUAUGGCUGCAAAUGGCUCACCAGCAGCUCAGGAUGGUUGUAGUGCAAACACCUACGCAAUGACUUCGUCCAUGUCCAGCAAGAAGCGCUUCUUGCGAGUGGCGGAUGGGGACCUGCUGAUUUUGCCACAGGAAGGCACUUUACAGGUCCGAACCGAAUGUGGUGACUUGCAGGUGGAACCUUGGGAACUCGUUCUCGUGCCACGAGGAUUGACCUUCCAAGUGAAUCUGGCCGAGGGCACCUCGAUGGCUCGCGGGUACUUCCUUGAAAACUUUGGAGAUCAUUUUGUCAUUCCAGAGCUUGGACCGAUUGGCAUUUCGGGUGGUCUUGCACACCCUCGGCACUUCGUCGCACCGAAGGCACAGUACGAGGAGCUGGAUGGUGAAUUUGAGUUGGUGUCAAAAUACAUGGGUGGUUUAUUUCGAUCAAGCAUCAGGCACUCGCCGCUGGAUGUGGUGGCCUGGUAUGGCAGCCAUGUGCCGUGCAAAUAUGACAUGCGGCUUUUCAUGGCCAUUAAUACUGUCACCUAUGAUCAUCCAGAUCCUUCGAUCGGUUGUGUGAUGUCCUCAUAUACCUCGUCUCCGGGCCUUGCCAACGUGGAUUUUGUGAUUUUCCCGCCACGCUGGCUCCCAGCGGAGGGCACCUUCCGGCCACCAUGGUUCCACAGGAAUUGCAUGAGCGAGUUCAUGGGGCUCAUCACAGGUAGCUACGAUGCAAAGCCAGAUAGCUUUCUCCCAGGUGCAAGCUCCAUUCAUAACCGGUAUGUGCCACAUGGCCCAGAUGCAGCAGCUGUGCAAAAGGGCACGGAUUUGGAUACCUCAAAACCUGAGAGGUACAGCGGCACCUUAGCAUUUAUGUGGGAGACACGCCUUGUGCUGCAUCCUUCAGAGUAUGCUUUGGCCACCUUGCAUGACGAGGACUACCCUGCAGCAUGGCGGGGAGUGCAGAAGAGGUUUGAUGCUGGUGCCAGUCCACCACCGAGCGAGCCGUAUGGGUUCCCACCCAGCAGAUGA